ACCAUUUUGAAAAUUGAGGUACUCAAAUGAAAAAUAAAGUUAGGUUUCAUCGUCUUCUUCUCCGCUCUGCAACGCCUCUGCAAUUUCACGCGUACGCUUUUGGAAUUUGGCGUACGCCUCCGUAACUUGGCGUAUGCCUUUAACAACAAUCGCUAAACAGAGGUACGCCUGAGGCGUUUUACCAUCGCCUCGCCUCGCCUCACGCUCUCAGGCGCGCUUAGGCAUGCCUUUCAAAACAUUGGUCCAAACAGACAAAGCACACCAAACAAAACAACUAAGGACGCCGCCCCUGAAGGCGUGCGUCAGAGCCUAACUGGACGAAAAACCUUACACCUGUGGAGGACAGGGAAGCCCAUCACUUUGGAGAACGAACACCAGGGAGGAUGGGGGUAGCUGGGCUUUAAUAUGUAAAUGGCAACUGGUGGUGGUGGUGACUCUCCGUUGAUGGAUAAAGGUUAGUCAGAUUUUGUAGGUUUGAUUGGGAUUAAGAAACUGUCAGUGGUCCAAAAUUUUUGUUUAUAUAAAUUGUAGUUGGUAGAACUCCUCUGAGCAAUUCAAAACAGCCACUACAUUACUUCAAUGGCUGCAAAGUCACCAUCAUGCUUUCCUCUCUUCCCAUCAUUGCUUCUCAUUCUUCUAUCCUUAGAUUCAUUUGGGUCCCAAACUUUUUCUGUCCAUGGGUUCCAUAUUAGAGAAGCUACAAUCUCUGAUCUCCAACAAGCUUUCAAACAGAACCAACUGACUUCAAGAAAACUUGUUGAGUUCUACCUUCAAGAAAUCCGCAGGCUCCACCCGGUCCUUCAUGCAGUCAUAGAGGUGAACCCAGAUGCCCUUUACCAAGCUGAUAAGGCGGACUAUCAGCGAAAGGCAAAGGGCCCCGGUUACUAUUCUGGGUUACAUGGCAUUCCUAUCUUGCUCAAGGACAACAUUGGAACCAAAGAUAAGCUUAACACCACUGCUGGCUCGUUUGCUCUGCUUGGCUCAGUCGUGCCUCGUGAUGCCGGUGUGGUGAGCAAGUUGAGGAGCGCGGGAGCCAUCAUAUUGGGGAAGGCUAGCUUAAGUGAGUGGGCUCAGUUCAGGUCUCUUACAGCACCCGCUGGCUGGAGUGCCAGAGGUGGCCAAGGAAAGAACCCUUAUGUGCUAUCAGCAACUCCCUGUGAAUCAAGCAGUGGAUCAGCAAUUUCAGCUGCAGCAAAUUUGGUAGCAGUAUCUCUGGGGACUGAGACUGAUGGCUCCAUAUUAUGUCCAGCAAGUUUCAACUCAGUUGUGGGCAUCAAACCAACAGUUGGCCUCACCAGCCGUGCAGGGGUGAUUCCGAUAACUCCCAGACAGGACACCGUUGGGCCCAUCACCAGGACAGUUUCAGAUGCCGUCCAUGUUCUUGAUGCCAUUGUAGGCUAUGAUUACAAUGAUCAAGCAACCAGAGAAGCCUCCAAGUACAUUCCAAGCGGUGGCUACAAACAAUUUCUUCAGGCGUACGGGCUCAAAGGAAAGAGACUUGGAAUAGUGAGGGAUCCCUUCUUCACUUCAGGCAGCGGAUCUCCCCAGCUUCAAGCGUUUGAGAAAUAUUUCCAGACUCUAAGGCAAGGAGGUGCUGUUUUGGUAGACCAUUUAGAAAUAGCCAACAUUGAUGUUAUCUUGAACUUCAAUUUGAGUGGGGAAGCAACAGCAUCACUGGCUGAGUUCAAGCUAGCCUUGAAUGCAUAUCUAAAAGACCUGGUGGUAUCUCCAGUUCGAUCAUUGGCAGAUGUAAUCGCCUUCAACCUCAAGUUCUCGGGUGUGGAAUUGAUCAAGGAAUUUGGACAAGACAUUUUUCUCGCAGCCCAAGCAACAAAUGGGAUAGGCAACAAUGAAAAGGCUGCAUUGUUGAAUCUAGCAAAGCUGACAAAAUAUGGGUUUGAGAAAUUGUUGACAGACAACAGGCUAGAUGCAUUGGUGACUCCUGGUUCAGAUGUUUCCCCUGUGCUUGCAAUUGGGGGUUUCCCAGGAAUUAGUGUCCCUGCUGGAUAUGACAAGAAGGGUGUGCCCUUUGGCAUAACCUUUGGGGGACUGAAGGGUUCUGAGCCAAAGCUGAUCCAGAUUGCCUAUGGUUUUGAGCAAGCUACUAAAGUUAGGAAGGCUCCUACAUUUUUGCCUUGAUAAUGAUUUAGAAUAAGCCUUCAACCGAAGUUUACUUCUUUUUUCGCAAUCAUGAACCAAGUGUGUUGUAAUGUCAUCUAUAAAUUACAUGAUACAUCUUAGUUGGGACAAAAUUUUGAUAAUUUCAUAUUUACUUGAAUUAGAGUGGGAGAAGUCAAGAACUGGAGAAGUUGGGAAUA